AUGAUGGCCGCCGAGGCCGGCAGUGAGGAGGGCGGCCCGGUGACCGCCGGGGCAGGAGGAGGCGGUGCGGCGGCAGGCUCAAGUGCCUAUCCGGCUGUGUGUCGGGUGAAGAUACCUGCGGCCCUGCCGGUGGCAGCCACCCCUUAUCCCGGGCUGACGGAGGCUGGAGUGGUCGCGACUCUGGGCGGCGGAGCUUCCUUCGGGGCAGGGUUCCUAGGAGCCGGAGCUGUGGCGGGGGCACUGGGGGGAUCUGGACUGACAGGGGGAGGUACUACUGCUGGUGUGGCUGGUGCUGCUGCCCCCUGCCCUGGGGGGGACAUGGCUUUCAACAAGGUUACCACUUCAUUGCCUGCUGAGACCCUAGGGCCAGGCGGUGGAUUUCCCCCUCUGCCGCCCCCUCCUCAGCUCCCGCUUUUGGGUGCGGGCCUGGGGACAGUGGACGAAGGUGACUCCCUGGAUGGGCCAGAAUAUGAGGAAGAAGAGGUGGCCAUCCCGCUUACCGCUCCUCCAACUAACCAGUGGUAUCAUGGAAAACUUGAUAGAACUAUAGCAGAAGAACGCCUCAGACAAGCAGGAAAACCUGGAAGUUAUCUUAUAAGAGAGAGUGAUCGGAGACCAGGGUCCUUUGUACUUUCAUUUCUUAGCCAGACAAAUGUUGUCAACCAUUUUAGGAUCAUUGCAAUGUGUGGAGAUUACUACAUUGGUGGAAGACGUUUUUCUUCACUAUCAGACCUAAUAGGCUAUUAUAGUCAUGUUUCUUGUUUACUUAAAGGAGAAAAAUUACUUUAUCCAGUUGCACCACCAGAGGCAAAAAACGGAAUUGUUUAUGUGUCCUUUUAUUCUGAAGAUUAUAGAAAUGACAUGUAUGCAUCCUUAAAUUUCUUGAAAGGUGAUAUGUUUAUUGUUCAUAAUGAAUUAGAAGAUGGAUGGAUGUGGGUUACAAAUUUAAGAACAGAUGAGCAAGGCCUUAUUGUUGAAGACCUCGUAGAAGAAGUGGGCCGGGAAGAAGAUCCACAUGAAGGCAAAAUAUGGUUCCAUGGGAAGAUUUCUAAACAAGAAGCUUACAAUUUACUAAUGACAGUUGGCCAGGUCUGCAGUUUUCUUGUGAGGCCUUCAGAUAAUACUCCUGGUGACUAUUCACUUUAUUUUCGAACCAAUGAAAAUAUUCAGAGAUUCAAAAUAUGCCCAACACCAAAUAAUCAGUUUAUGAUGGGAGGCCGGUAUUAUAAUAGCAUUGGAGACAUCAUAGAUCACUAUAAAAAAGAACAAAUCGUUGAAGGAUAUUAUCUUAAGGAACCAGUACCAAUGCAGGAUCAAGAACAAGUGCUCAGUGAUGCAGUAGAUGGCAAGGAGAUCUAUAAUACAAUUCGUCGUAAAACAAAGGAUGCCUUUUAUAAAAAUAUUGUUAAAAAAGGUUAUCUUCUAAAAAAGAGCAAAGGAAAGCGGUGGAAAAAUUUAUAUUUUAUCUUAGAGGGCAGUGAUGCUCAACUUAUUUAUUUUGAAAGUGAAAAGCGAGCUACAAAACCAAAAGGAUUAAUAGACCUCAGUGUUUGUUCUGUCUAUGUUGUUCAUGAUAGUCUUUUUGGAAGGCCAAACUGUUUUCAGAUAGUAGUUCAGCACUUCAGUGAAGAACAUUACAUCUUUUACUUUGCUGGGGAAACUCCAGAGCAAGCAGAGGACUGGAUGAAAGGUCUGCAGGCAUUUUGCAAUUUACGGAAGAGUAGUCCAGGGACAUCUAAUAAACGACUGCGUCAGGUCAGCAGUCUUGUUUUACACAUUGAAGAAGCUCAUAAACUCCCAGUGAAACAUUUUACUAACCCAUACUGUAACAUCUACUUGAAUAGUGUCCAAGUAGCAAAAACUCAUGCAAGAGAAGGGCAAAACCCUGUUUGGUCAGAAGAGUUUGUCUUUGAUGAUCUUCCUCCUGACAUCAACAGAUUUGAGAUAACUCUUAGUAACAAAACAAAGAAAAGCAAAGAUCCUGAUAUCUUAUUUAUGCGAUGCCAGUUGAGUCGAUUACAGAGAGGGCAUGCCACGGAUGAAUGGUUUCUGCUCAGCUCCCACAUACCAUUAAAAGGUAUUGAACCAGGAUCCUUGCGUGUCCGAGCACGAUAUUCUAUGGAAAAAAUCAUGCCAGAAGAAGAGUACAGUGAAUUUAAAGAGCUUAUACUGCAAAAGGAGCUUCAUGUAGUCUAUGCUUUAUCGCAUGUAUGUGGACAAGAUCGAACACUAUUGGCUAGCAUUCUGCUAAGGAUUUUUCUUCAUGAAAAGCUUGAAUCAUUGUUGCUAUGUACACUAAAUGACAGAGAAAUAAGCAUGGAAGAUGAAGCCACUACUCUAUUUCGAGCCACGACACUUGCAAGCACCUUGAUGGAACAGUAUAUGAAAGCCACUGCUACUCAGUUUGUUCAUCAUGCUUUAAAAGACUCUAUUUUAAAAAUAAUGGAAAGCAAGCAGUCUUGUGAGUUAAGUCCAUCAAAGUUGGAAAAAAAUGAAGACGUGAACACUAAUUUAGCACACCUAUUGAACAUACUUUCAGAGCUUGUGGAGAAAAUAUUCAUGGCUUCAGAAAUACUUCCACCGACACUGAGAUAUAUUUACGGGUGUUUACAGAAAUCUGUUCAGCACAAGUGGCCAACAAAUACCACCAUGAGAACCAGAGUUGUUAGUGGUUUUGUUUUUCUUCGACUUAUCUGUCCUGCUAUCCUGAAUCCACGGAUGUUUAAUAUCAUCUCAGAUUCCCCAUCUCCUAUUGCUGCAAGAACUUUGAUAUUAGUGGCUAAGUCUGUGCAGAAUUUAGCAAAUCUUGUGGAGUUUGGAGCUAAGGAACCUUAUAUGGAAGGAGUAAAUCCAUUCAUCAAAAGUAACAAACAUCGUAUGAUCAUGUUUUUGGAUGAACUUGGGUCCCGUGAUUUAGCAGCAUUACAUGAGAUUUGUGUGGCCCAUUCAGAUGAACUGAGGACCCUCAGUAAUGAACGUGGUGCACAGCAGCAUGUACUGAAAAAGCUUCUGGCAAUAACAGAACUGCUUCAACAAAAACAAAACCAGUAUACAAAAACCAAUGAUGUCAGGUAG